AUACAGCAUUACCAAAAAGUACUUAAAAGUCGCAUUUUAACAACUUGGUAUUGGCCACCGAGUCUAGCUAGCUGCAUUUAACUCCGUAAAAGAAUGUUUAACUUGCGCGGUCACCUCUGCACCGGAAGUGUAUUAAUAAUGAAGCGGAAUGCCGCUUGCCGAUAAAUUGUUUAACGUUACUCCGUAUGUGUGACACUGUUAACCAUUCCAAGUUAUUAGUAACACCUCUACAGUCACCGUCUGCACUGUUACAGACACGGUAGUGAUCAAUGACGGCUUUGGUCAGCCAUGGCUGCCAUGUCAUGGAAGGAGAUUUUACUUUUGACUGGACUGGUGGUGGGAUGUUACUGGAACAGUCUGUCGUGUGGCUUUGCAUUUGAUGAUGUCUCGGCAAUCCUUGAUAACAAGGACCUACGGCCCUCAACCUCUCUCUACAACCUAUUCCGUAAUGACUUCUGGGGAACACCCAUGACUGAGGAGCGGAGCCAUAAAUCUUACCGACCCUUUACUGUACUCACUUUCCGACUGAACUACCUCUUCAGCGAGCUGAAUGCAGCUUCCUACCAUCUGCUCAAUGUUGUUUUGCACGCUGUAGUAUGUGUGCUUUUCCUGCGAGUGUGCCGAUUGUUCCUGGACAAGACUUCCAGCUUGGUGGCGGCAUUGCUGUUUGCUGUGCACCCCAUCCACACUGAAGCUGUCACAGGUGUGGUUGGCAGAGCUGAACUUCUCUCUUCAAUCUUUCUCCUGGCUGCUUUCCUGGCCUACACGAAAUCAACCGGUGCAGACAACUCCAUUGUUUGGGCUCCCAUUGCGCUUACAGUUGUGUUGGUGGCUGCAGCGACACUGUGUAAGGAGCAGGGAAUCACUGUCGUCGGCAUCUGCUGUGUCCAUGAAGUGUUUGUUGCGCAAGGGUUUACCUUGCCCAUGCUGUUGGACACACUGCGGCGAGUAUUUCAGGGUAAAGAUGGUUUCCCCUACGCUGUCCUGCAAACUCUGCUAAAGCUCAUUGUCCUUGUCAUCAGCACCCUGCUGCUCGUCAUCAUCAGGGUCCAAGUCAUCCAGUCUCAGCUUCCUGUCUUCACCAGAUUUGAUAACCCGGCAGCAGUCAGCCCCACUCCCACACGACAACUGACUUUCAACUACCUACUUUCUGUGAAUGCAUGGCUUUUGCUGAAUCCCUCUGAGCUGUGCUGCGACUGGACUAUGGGCACCAUUCCUCUGGUGGAGUCACUCCUAGACCUCCGUAACCUGGCCACCCUGGUGUUCUACACUUUUCUGGGCCUGCUAGUUUACCACAGCCUGCGCUACAGACACAGCUCUGCCAAGACUGUCAUCAUGGCCCUGUCUUUUAUCGUCCUGCCCUUUAUUCCUGCGUCCAACCUCUUCUUCCCCGUGGGGUUUGUUGUGGCAGAGAGGGUACUUUAUGUGCCCAGCAUGGGCUUCUGUGUUCUUGUUGCACAUGGAUUCAGGAUUGUCUCACAUAAAGGACACUUGAAGAAGAUUUCCUGGUUGAUAAUUGGGGUGCUUUUAACUACACAUGCAGUGAAAACAUUCAACAGGAAUUCUGACUGGGAGUCAGAAUAUACCCUAUUCACCUCUGCCCUGAAGGUCAACAAGAACAAUGCCAAGUUGUGGAAUAAUGUUGGCCACGCUCUAGAGAACCAAAACAAUUAUGCAAAGGCCCUGCAGUAUUUUCUCCAGGCCACUCGCGUCCAACCAGAUGACAUUGGUGCUCACAUGAAUGUUGGAAGAACCUACAAGAACUUGAACAAGUCCAAAGAGGCAGAAGAGGCCUACUUGGUUGCCAAAUCCCUCAUGCCACAGGUUAUUCCUGGUAAGAAGUAUGCGACACGUGUGGCCCCUAACCAUCUCAACGUUUAUAUAAACUUGGCGAAUCUGAUCCGAGCCAACGAAUCAAGACUGGAGGAGGCUGACCAGCUCUACCGACAAGCAAUCAGCAUGAGACCAGACUUCAAACAAGCCUACAUCAGCAGAGGGGAGCUGCUUCUGAAGAUGAACAAGCUCACAGAAGCCCGAGACGCCUACCUCCGAGCCUUGGAGCUUGACCCCACCAACGCUGACCUGUGGUACAACCUGGCCAUCGUCAACAUUGAAAUGAAGGACCCAUCAGAAGCCCUGAAGAACUUCAACCACGCCCUGGAGCUAAACCCACGUCACAAGUUGGCGCUCUUCAACUCAGCACUUCUCAUGCAGGAGUCUGGUGAGCCAAAGUUCUGGCCUGAGGCCAACCGUCGUUUCCUGAUCUACGUGGAGGAGGAGCCUGAUGAUGCCAACGGCUACUUCAACCUCGGCAUGCUGGCCAUGGAUGCCAAUGAAAAUGCUGCAGCUGAGCGUUGGAUGCGUAAAGCCAUCAGUUUGCAAGCAGGCUUCCGCAGUGCCCUGUUUAACCUGGCAUUGCUUUACUCUCAGUCCAAACGUGAGAUGGAUGCUCUGCCUGCGUUGGACGAGCUGCUGCGUCACCACCCAGAGCACAUCAAGGGCCUAAUCCUGAAGGGUGACAUCCUCAUGAAUCACAAGAAGGACACGAGUGGCGCUAAAGCCUGCUUUGAACGCAUUUUGCGCAUGGACCCCACCAACGUGCAAGGCAAGCACAAUUUGUGCGUGGUCUACUUCGAGGAGCGUGACCUGCCGCGUGCCGAGCGAUGCCUGGAGGAAACCCUGGCCCUGGCGCCAAACGAGGAGUAUGUGCGUCGCCACUUAAGUAUUGUACGAAGUAAAAUGGCUGCCAUGAGCGCAGCAGGGCAACCGCUUACGUCAGCAGGGGGAGCCACCAUGUCGGCUAAGGAGGAAAAGCAGAAGAGAGUUAAGGGGGGGGCAGAGGGGGUUGCUGAGGUUGAGGAGGAAGGGAGGGGCGCUGACGCUGUUUUAAAGGGGGCUGGGAAUGAGAAGAAUGUGCGGAAAUCCUCUACUGAAAGAGGUGGCGUGGGCGUAGAGCAAUCCGAGUCCUUGGACAGUAGCCAGUCAGACAAGCGGACUAAGGGUAAGUCCACUAAAGAGAUUAAAGAUAUAGAGAAAAAAAGGGCAGCUGCCUUGAAGAGACUAGAGGAGAUUGAGCGCAUAUUAAGUGGUGAUUGACAUUGUCAUAAUUUAUAGCAGGACUACUUUUAUAGAGCUCUUUAAUGCUCAAGGAUAAGAGUGCAUUCCCCCCACUCCCCUCCCCUCUUUAGAAAUGUGCACUCUUAAUCAAUUGUCAUUUUAUUCCUUUGAUUUAUUCAUUUGUUUGCAGGCUGCUCAGCAUGACCCUGCUGAAUUAAACCAAUCAUGUAAAGAAGGGAAACGCGUUGAUCCGCACAUGAAACUGAUGUAACCAUAAGCACAAAGCCAAUUUGGGAUAAUCUAUUUAAAGCUCACGGCAGAUGUAGAUUCCAAUAUGCGUGCUUUAUCUUCAUCACAUAAUCAAAGAUCUGCAGUAGUUCUAAAUACUAGUUUUGCUUUUCUAUGUGCAGUCAUUGUUUAUCACUGGAAUUUUUGUAUUUUUUUUUUUUUUUCCCACUAAGAAGUGACUCGCUCUUGUGUGUUAUUGUUUUUAAAAACAAUGAUUGUAUCGUGGACAAUUCAAGGAAGUGACGUGUUCUCCAGAUUUCCACUCGACAGGAUGAUAUCUGCAGAGUUGGCACCUCAAAAUAACCCUAACCCACACAGAGAGCAAAAUAACCCUCCACACACUACAUCAACACCAGGCUUGUGUUCUGUUGCGUGCUGUAAUCUUUAUUGAUCUCACUAGGCACUUCCUGCCACUACUACAUCAUCAGCCCCUGCGCUCACAGCUGCCUUCACUUCAAUUUCAUUGUGAUCCCAUCUGAACACUAUUAUCUCACUCUCUUUGUCACAUUACCCCCUCGCAUCUCCACGCCUGUCUCCCUCCCCAUCCUUUAGACCUAACAGCCACGGAUGGAUGUUUUCCCCCCUGCUUUUCUUAGUAAGCCGCCCCAUACACAUCGCUCUGACCAAGGCAACACCCAUUUUAUGUGACGGUCAACAAUGACGCACGCUCAUCCCCAGCGCCAGGCUUCAUCAUGUGUUCUUCAUUUUCUAGUUCCUGUCCCCUUCACAGGGGGAAUUUUCACAGCACAUUUGCGGAAAACGAUCUCCAUAUUCAUCCUGCGCCACAUCGAUGAUGCUGUUUGGGCUUACUGGCGCUAACGUUGGGAUGUUCCACAUUUUCAAGUUUUGGUAGUAGCCUUUUGUAUUCUGAUGGGGGAAGAGUACACAAAUUAAAACUUGAAAAGAAUUUAGAAAUGCUCAAAACUUCCCACUCUUGUUUCCUCAAGAUCAUUAUAAAACCCAGCCUCCGAUAAUUCAACAAUCCUCUGCUCUGAAUGAGACCACUUGAAGAAACAGGAGGCCAAUAACCGAUUGUAAAAUAAACAACUCUUGUUACUGUGCAAUUGAUUAACGGCCCUGUUAGUCAUGAACUUCACAUGAGCAGACUUGUGAUUAUAGCUGUGAGGCAGGUCAAUUCAUCACGUUCAUUACAAAGCAAAUGUACUAUUCUUUCUUGCGAGCUGAUGUUAAUGUCUUCACAGCUCCCAUUCCUGUUUUUUUUUUUUUUUUCUUCACAGUGCAAUAAUUUGUUUCAGUACAAUGUUACUCUGCUCAGUCCAAUUCUUGACCGUGGAAUUACAAGAAAGAGGUUACGUAGGUACGUGCGUCAGCAGCACUGUGGUGGUACUAAGGAGCCUUGCUAUGCAUUGACCUCAUUCAGCCCUGAUAUUCUAUGUACAUGUAUGUAUCCAGUGUUAUUUAUUAUGUUUAUAUGCACUGCGAAUGCUGUAGGUCUUUUUUUGUUUACCACUUAACAGUAUGCUUUAAAUUCAUGGUGCAUUAUUUUGCCUAUUCAUUUUCAAUUUCAGUCACUUGUAAAACAUGUUGGAUGUUUUAGACUUUUAAACAGAAUCACGUCAGUGUUUAAACAUGUAUGAAAUAUUCAAUCAACUGUCUCCCCCAGAAAGUAGGUACAGCUGUGAACGACCAAACUGCAACCUUUUCUGUUUCGCCUCAUUUUACUGAGCAGCUGAUUUUUGUACGAUUUUGAGAUCUCUUUUUUUUUUUUUUUUUUUUAUAUUUAAUAAACCCUUGGUGGUGGGGGGUCUAGGUUAUUCAAUAAAGUGAGAUUACAACUCA